UCUAACAGACCCGCAAAAUCUCUCAGCGGCGGAUGCGAAUACAGAGAGAGCAUGAGGCAAUUUCUGCGGAUGCGAACGGUAUUAGAGAAGGAUCACUGGCUCCUCCUCAAUCUUGGAAUUAGAAAAUGCAUGAGCAGCAGCAGUGGAGGAUCAGUGUUUAGCUUUGGAGAUGACAGCCAAGGAGCACUUGGAUUGCCCACCUCGCUCACGGGCCUGGCUUCCGAUGCCUACGAGCCCACCGUCGUCCCUGGACUUCCCUCUGAUAUCACCGCCAUCGCUGCCGGCCACUACCACUCUCUUGCCGUCACUUCCCUCGGCCACCUCUGGGCCUGGGGCCGCAACAAGGAGGCCCAGCUUGGUCGCGGCCUUCUUGCUCCGAGAGAUACUUGGCGUGAACCAAAGAGAGUGGAAGGGUUGGAUAAUGUGAAAGUCCAUGCUGCAUUUGCAUCAGGAGUUGUGUCUGCAGCCCUUGGUGAUGAUGGUUCUUUGUGGGUUUGGGGAAAGUCUAAGAGGGGACAGCUGGGUCUCGGAAAAGACAUCAUCGAGGCUCUGGUACCUUCCAGGGUUGAAGCACUUCAGGGAGAGAAGAUAGCUAAGGUAUCAUUUGGUUGGGGGCAUUGUCUUGCACAGACAGAGGAUGGAAAAUUGUUCGGUUGGGGUUAUUCAGCUGAUGGUAGGUUAGGGAGAAUUGGGGAAUGCAUGGAGACAUCUCCCCUGGAUAGGAGAGUAGAUGGAGCAAAAGAUAACCAAAAGAAUUUCUCUACUAGAGCAGAAGUUGCUGAAAAGCAGGUUUUGGAUGGAAUCGAGGAGGAGAAGAACAUGCCAAUAAUCUGGGAACCUAGUUUGAUUGAAGACCUAUGUAGAGAUGAAGUUGUGGAUGUUGCAUGUGGUCUUGAUCAUUCGUUGAUUCUUUGCAGUAAUGGAAUCCUAUUUAGCGGUGGAAGUAAUAUAUACGGUCAGCUGGGCAGAGCAAAAAAUGAUUUAGGAUUGCUACCAGUAGAUAUAAGCUUCCGUCCCAUGUCCAUUGCAUCAGGCCUAGGCCAUUCUUUGGCAGUUUGCCAGGUCACAUCAUCAGAUGUUGAUGAAGCUGCCACAGGCAUUCUUUCAUGGGGAUGGAAUGGAAGUUCUCAGCUUGGAAGGACAGGGCCAGAGAACCUACCAUUGGUGGUUGAUGGAUUGGCUGGAGAAACUCCUAUUUCAGCAGCAGGUGGGCGAGUGCACUCCAUUGCUCUCACAUCUCAAGGAGAGGUGUGGGUUUGGGGCUGCGGUAAGAGUGGCAGGCUUGGGUUAGGUAGCUCCAUUGAUGAAGUUGGGCCAAUUUUACUUGACAGUUUAGAAGGUUGUGAAGUCUUACAAGUCGCAACUGGUUUUGAUCAUAAUCUGGUGCUUGUCGCUAAAUGAGGUACCUCCUUAUAAGUAUCACAUAAACCCUUAAACUUAUAAAAAAUGAUCAAUUCAACCCUCAAUAAACCCUUUUUGGUAAGUUUAAGGCUUCUGCGAUACUUAUCCCUUCUUAUAAUCAUAUUCUUUUGAUGUUCUAGCAUCAGCUCAUGUACCUUGCUCUUGUUCAUGGGCUCCAUAUGUAAUUUAAAUCUGGUUCAUACACCUCAGCAAUUGAGAUCAUUGGGAUCCUAGUUGUUAGGACGAGUAGCACCACUGUUUCAAGAAAAAACCCACUAUGAAAAAAAGUUAUUUCUUUCCAUGAAGUAAGAGCUGAUACUGAUAAAGUGGGUAGAGGACAUGUACCUUGCUCAUGAUAUUCAAGAUAGAACAUAAAUAGAAUUCAGAUAAACAAGCCUCCCAAAAAUUGUAAGGAUGUUUUCUUUGUGGAUUUAUAUGUAAGCUAACUAUAUGCUUUUGGAAUAUUAUUGGAUUGUAU